AAUUAUAUUUAAUCAUUCCCGUUUAUAACCAUAAUGAGGAUUAUCUUCUUAGAUAUUUAAUUAUGUAUUAUCGUACAAAAAAUAUGUACCAUAAAACUGAAGGUUGAACAUUUGAUAUAUAUUUUUUGUUAUUGUGAGUAAUUGUUAUUAAAAUAAUGCUAUAUAUUAAUAAAUAUUUUAUUGCUGUGUAGUCAUUUUAUUAAAGAAGAUAGAGCCUUGUUUUGAUACCAGAUGUAAACAAUGAAUUGUUAGAAAUGACUGCAUAAUAGAUGUUUUUUAACACUGCAUAAAAAUCCUUUAAUCAAACGUAAAAUCAUAUCAAGAGUUAUUUUAAUGGAUAACUAUUAUGAAGUGUUGGGUUUGAAAAAUACAUGUUCAAAUUAUGAAGUAUUAACAGCGUUUAAAAAAAUUAUACUUAAAUAUGACAUAAUUAAAUUAAACAAUGAAGUGUCGUCUCAAAUGAAAUAUGCCUUUGAAGCUUUUGAUGUCUUGAGUGAUCCUCAAUGGCGAGAACUCUACGAUCAGUAUGGUGAAAAUAUAAAAUCAGGUGUUAUUUCCGAUAUAACCAAUAAUAUAAUACGAUACGCUUAUCAUGGAGACAUAAUUAUGACUUAUAAAUCUGUUUUUGGGUCCCAAAAUCCAUUUACACAUGUUGUGUCAAUGUUAUUUUCAAUAAAUAACCCAAUAAGCCAUAGUGAGAAUUUAGAGACUAUAAAGAAUCAAACUAAACAGUUUCCAUUAAGAUUAACUCUAGAAGAAGUAUAUUUUGGAACAUUAAAAAAAGUUUGUAUUGAGUUGAACGACCGCAAACAAAAAUUGAUAGAUGUUCAAAUACCACGUGGAAUACCUGCUAAUAGUAAAAUAGUAAAAGAUAUUGGAAAUGGAUCCAUAAUAACUUUUAUUAUCGAAGACUUACCCCACAAAGUUUAUUCGCGAAACGGGAUGGACUUAAUCAGAACGAUUGACGUAUCCAUUAAAGAUGUAUUGUGUGGCAAGCAAUUUAUUUUAAAGACAUUGGAUCAUAAGAUGUUACGUGUUAAUAUAAAUCAGCUUAUUUUCCCAUCUUUUGAAAAAAUAGUUCACGGUCAAGGAAUGCCAGGGUACCAUGCAAAAGAUAAAGAAAAGGGAAAUAUUAUAUUGAAAUUUAGAUUGAAUACUCCACAAUAUCUAUCAUCGAAAAUGAUCAAGAUGCUUUUAGAAAAUAUUUCAAACGUUGGAUUAAGCUAGUACAAUCUAAUCCCUACAUUAAAUUCGUUAAUUUUAUCAUUUUAUAAAUGAUAAUUCACAAAUUAAAGUAAACAUUGAAUUAUA